GUGGGUGAUUACAGGGCGGGUUCUCAUCGCGACUACUCCGCCACCUAGCGGUGCGCGCGCUCAAGCAAUUCCCCCAAAACCACCCCGUGCAAAGCCUGCGACGACGUCGCCGACUCCAUCGCUUCGAUUGUGCGAAGCUAAACCCUCCAAUCUCCAUCGGCGGCAGCUCCGACAGCUUCUCCCAUUUUUCCAUCCCUCUCUCUCUCUCGCUCGCUCGCCCCGCGCGUGUGGGGAGACGCGACACGACGCGACGAUCGCUCUGUGCACAAGUCGGUCCGCCGCGGGCUGGUUCGGAUCCUCCCUCGCUGCAGUCGUUGUCGUCUUGUCGCAUCAUUAUCAGUUGAGACGCCAGUGACUGCGGCCGCAUCGCUUUUUACCUGUUGGAGUUUUUGUGUAUGUGUGUUUGUGUGUGUGUACAUACCAAGACGAGCCAUGGAUUACACUUUUCGUCUGCCCUGGGCCCUGCACGACGACGGUCACGAUGAUUCCUCCGUGGAAGUUGAUUUAAGCACGUGGUGGCUAGACUAGGUGCAACUUUGGUUUGUGUUUUUGUGCAAAGCAGUGACGGAGGUCGACUCGGCGCUACCCCUCCUUAUGUCAUGACCGGCAGAGCGAGGGGGCGGCCUCGGGGACGACCCAGGGGCAGCGGUAGGGGCAGGGGAGGAGGAGGGCGGGGCACCGCCUGUCAGACGCACUCACCCUCUUACUCCCCUGACGGCCGAAUCACCAAGGCGUUAUCAAAGUCAGUUUCCACAUCGGAUGUCGCUAUGCAUCACCACCUGUCCUCGGUUUCUCAUAAUGGCUACUCGAGUAUUCCUCCACCCGGGUACCUGCCGGGAGCGUACGGGCACCCAGUGAGCCACGUCAGCCAGCCACACGGCCUGCCAAGGGGCGUGCCCAGCUCUUGUGACGGCCACUCGCCGACUAGGGUCAACGCAGGCACCCAGGCGUCCUGGUCUCAAGGUUACCCGGAUGUUUUUCCCCAUCCCUCCGCUAGGGCUCACCCGCAGGAUCCUAGAUCUCACCAGCAUGAUCCCAGAGCGCAUCCCCAGGAUCCCAGGUACCACCACCCCAGGCUGCCGGGAGUGGGAACGUGUGGUGGGACCCACCAUCCGGCUAGUGCUCACGAAACCAUCCCAGUGUACGCGGCAGCACCAAGUUCUCGCCAGCCGCGAGCGGAGCACCAGCACCCGACGCGGGACGCUACCCGUGGAGUAUUACCCGAGCCAACCCUCCCUCUACCAUCGACAACCCCCGGCUUCGUACAGUAUCAGCCACAAGGACGUGCCUUGCCCGGGUCAUGUGACCGUGGACAACUCCCAUAAUAAUAAUCACCAUAAUCAUCAUCUUCCCCAUCAUCAGAGUCGAUCUUCGGAGGACAUGCGUGGUCGCGGCGGUGGCAGCGGCGAGCGACUGCCACCCGUAGUGUAUCACCAACAGGCCUCAGGACAGCAUCAAGAACACUUUGUUUCAGACUGUGAUCCGAGGAGACCUAUCAGUCAGGCGUCACCACCUCCACCUCCUCCACCGCCAGAUGGCGCUUACACAGUCCAUGUGGCCGACAGUCACCAUCCGGCACGUGCUGGAAGUGACAGUCCGAGGUCGGGUCGCAGCAGCGGAUCGCAGAAUGUACCCUCAUCGCACGCGCUGCCUAGCAGUCAGCAGACUCGAACUGUGUCUUACUCACGUUCCACGCACACCCUGCCAGUCCUUCCAGGCCCAGUGCGACAAAGAAGACGACUUUCAGACCCGGAAUGGGGCCUGAGACAACAUCAAGAAAUGACUGAACCUUUACUAAGAACGAGCUCCGGGUCAUCCCAGGAACGUAGAGGGCGCACGCAUGAACGUGGGCAGAGGCCAGCAGCUUUUCCUCCGGAAGCAACUCAUGGUUUGCAUUCGGGCAGUCACAGUUUGCGACCGCCGAACUAUGUUUCUUUGCCUGGGACGGAAGGGCAAGUGAGUGGAGUGCAAACAGCAGGAGGAUCCAAAGGACAAUGUGUCCCUUCUGGCUCGUUCACCGCAUCUGCAGGUGUCUACGCAGCGCCACCUGGACACUCGGCAAAGAGCGCACCGUAUCCUGCUCAACCACGCCGUGAGCAUCACGGAUACGAUACUUCUGGGUACGGGGACCACCAGCCUGCCACACAUCCUCCGACAUCAGGAUCUGACCCCCGGAAAUGUGCUGCUCCCCUCGGCUACCGUGGAAGCUACACCAACUCUGUUGACCAGGACUACUCUCAGUUUAGAAUACCUCGUCACCCAGCAUCGAGCGCAGAGGUUAAUCCACCCCGAGUACAAUCUCCUCCGCCACCGUCAUACCCAGAACGUGUCUCCUCCCCUCCACCACCAUCUCCUUACUCCAUGCAGCCUCCCUCCCCCAGGCAACACCCGACUCGACCCGUCUCUCCUCCCCCGUAUAGCAUCAUCUGCCCUGUGUCUCCCCAUCAUCCAAGCAGCCACGGAGUGCAAGAACCGCCGCCUGCCAGCCGCAGUGCCGUUGAAAGUCGCGUGGCUGCUACAUCGCAGCAGUACAUCGUUCCUGACAUACAGCAGCAACAAACUGCUCGGGGGCAGGCAUAUCCGGUGACUUACCGACGAAGCAGCAAAGAGCAUGUUUUUGUAGGGCACAGACUGCAUCUGCUCCUGGCUUGGAAGCACAGCAGCAGCGGUGGUACCGGGUACCUGUCAACGGCGAGAAUCUACCCCUGCAUGGAGGUCCGCCCGACCUUCAGCCAGGUUCUUCCCAGUUUUCUCCCAUGA